AUGUGGGUUUUUCUGUUCGUGACUUUGACGAUUAAAGGCAGUCGUAUUGUGAACGGCGUGCCGGCCACCCAAGAACAGGGUACUCACCAGUGCUCACUGCACGCCGAGGGUUGGUUUGGCAAGAGUCAUAUUUGCGGUUGCUCGCUUUAUGGCAAAAAUUAUGCCAUCACCGCUGCCCACUGUACCGAUGGAUCACAAGCGUCGAAACUGGAGGUGAGAUAUAAUGGUCUUACCCUGAAGAGUUUGGCAGUUAUAAACCAGGUGAAAGAGAUCCGUCAGCACGAGAACUACGACACACCCACCGACAGUAUCGACAACGACAUCACUGUAUUGGUGUUGACCACUGACAUUGUCGAGGUGACCGGCCAAGUGAGCAAGGUCACGCUGGCCGACACGGUGCCCGCCGUGGGCGCCGACGCCCACCUGACCGGUUGGGGUAACACAAAGUCGGGUUCGGGCAGCUCUACGCCAACAGUGCUUCAGUACCAGAAGUUGCAGAUCGUGUCCAACGAAGAGUGCGAAAAGAUUUACAACCAAUUGCCGCAGGACUACGACUUCCCGCCCGUCACCGCACGCAUGCUGUGCGCCCGACACGCCCAGGGCUCCACCGGUUGCUACGGUGACUCCGGCGGACCAUUGUUGUCAGGCACACCCGCUAAAUUGGUCGGUGUUGUGUCGUGGGGUACACCCAACUGCCCGACCACCACACCCAACAAAAACCCCAAUGUUUACGCUAAUGUAGCCAACUUGAAAGCGUGGUUGGAUACCAAAUUGGUUAACUAAUUGUGAUUAAAAAAUAUAAUCACUUUCUAUGGCAACGGCGUUUGAUUAAACUAUUAUAAAUUAA